AUGUUUGAUCCCUUUGAACAAGAAGUCAUCAUUGCUGAUUUGAAUAAACGGCAUAGUGAUCAAGAUGAUUAUGCUGAUCAUAAUGUGAGCGAGGGAACACCAAAGCAACAACAACAGAAAGAACAGAAACAGAAACAACAGGAUCAGACUGGAAUAAAUGCCAACAAACAGAUAACAACAGCUAAUUCACCAGCUGCUGCCACAACUAGUAACACAAUCAAACAUUCAUUGCCAAUGGCAACAACGUUGUUGGCGACUAAUACACCUUUAACAACGGCGACUAAUACAUCGACAACUACAACGACGACAACUUCUAAGUUGUCAUCGUCAUCGUCAUCUUCAUCGUCAUCGUCAUCUUCAUCUUCAUCGUCAAAACCAACACUGUCAUUAAGACAUCAACUUGAUCAAUGGAACAAAGAGUUUGAUCUGUCCUACGUUGAUACGCCAUCGACACCAAGCCAACUUGAUACACCUCCUCUUACUCCAACUACCACUACUCCUACUUCUACUCCUGGUUCUCAACGGCACCAACAGCAACAACAACAACAACAUGAUAACAAACAACAAAAGGAUGAGAUAGCGAGAAGAUCACUUCAAAGCAAAGAUCAACAACCAAAACAACAAUGUGGAGAUGUAGAGGAUGAGACAAUCAGUCGCUCAAAGCAAUGGCAAAUGGAUAUCCGCAAUGAGGUCGAAGGAUUUAGUCAAGUAUUCUUUAACGCGCUGCCCGAACGCCUGAAGGACUUCCACAAAUCAUCCAAAGACAGACAGCCACUCUUCCUCACGCCAAUCGCCUCUCUCUCACCAUCCCCGGCAUCACCCAACCUUUCAUCUCCAAAUUCACUGCAUUCAAGUAAUGGACAGCAACAGGAUCAAGUGUCUUCACCAUCAUCAUCAUCUUCACAACAAAAGACUGAGGAUGCUGAUGUGGACAACAGCAACAACAAUAUCAACAACAACAGCAACACAUCAAAGUCAACAGAUGACCUUGAGACUAACUUCCAAGCAUGGCGCAAGAUGUUCAAUGACAAGAUGGAUCAGAGAAUGAAGAUAACAGACAUGAGAUCACAUGGAAAGAUACAAAUAGAUUGA